AGAGAGAUAAGAGAGAGAGAGACCCUGAACUUAUUUUAUGUGUAGUUAUUCAUGUGUGGUCCUAAUCAGGGAAUUUUUUUCCCGGGAGCUUAGUUUUUGUUGUCAUAGAGAUUGUUUGGAGAAAUUCAUACUUAUGAGAUGGAAUAAAUGUCCUUUUCUCAAGCACUCUGGGAGUAUAAUAAUACGACCAGUUAUGGAUAACGAAGAAGUUUAAUAGGCACUUUGAGAGUAGAUGUAAUGAUAUAAUCUCUUUAAGACACAUCCUGUAGUUAAGUCAAAUUGCUCAAAGUUCAAUUUUGACCACUACUUUACUGAAACCAAAUAAAAAACCCUUCCUUCCUGAAAUUUCCCAUGAGGCAGUUUCUCAAAAAUGUUUGGUGAUGAGGCAGUUUUUAAAAACAAAGCAAAAUGCAGCUUUUCAUUUUCAUGCUGACUCAGCUAAAACAUAUUUUUUUUUGGUACGAAACACCCUCAGUUUCAUUGGAGUUCAGCACAUGCUUUAACUUGUUCAUGUUGACAUUGGUAGGACUAAAAAUUGUUUCUGUUGGAUCCAAACUUAGUCAUGCUUAGAGUAGACCCUUGAAUUAUUAACAUAAUUUACUCUAAGCAUGACUAUGUCUGGAUUCAGCCCUUUGAAUCAGUUCCUUUAUGCUGUAAAAGGUCUUCUCAAUUUUGUUUUAUUUGACAUUGUUUGUUUGUUUUAUUCCAGGCAUAUCCAACAGCUAGAUCGUGAUCUACCGGUAGAUACCUGGACAUCUGUGGUAGAUCACUGGUAGAUCAGUGGCACCCCCCCCCAAAGAAGCUAAAAAACUUUGGCUCCCCUAAAAAAGCUCAACAUCUUGGCCCUGCACCCCUAAAAUGACCUGAACCACCAAAACCAGAGCUUUCCUUCCUAAAAAAAGUUCAAUGUUGCUUUCCUCUUCCCUAAAGAAGCUCAACAACUUUUACAUGAACCCCCAACAUGGGUCUUCCUCCUUCCUAAAAAAAAGUGCAACUUUGACCUGAACCCCCCCCCCCAAAAGGGGGUAGAUCACUCCCGCUUUUUAACUCUGUGAGUAGAUUGCAGUCUCUUGGAAGUUGCCCCCCUGUUUUAUUCUAUGUUUAUUUGAAGGACAGUUUGCUAUAUCCAAUAAUUUUAAAACAUUUCUGGAAACGUAAGAUCUUAGCAAAUAUUAGUCUUACAAACCUGUAUCCAGAUUCUUGUUGACAAGAGCAUUUGAGAGCCACUCCUUUGUAAAGUUAAAGGUUUUUCAUGGGCCCCACAAUUGAGACUAGACUUGGAGAAUAAGCCUUCCGUAAGUCAGCCUGGAUAGCUCAGUUCGUGAGAGCGUGGUGCUGAUAAUGCUAAGGUUGCAGAUCUGAUCCCCCACGUGGAACAGCUGCAUAUUCCUGCAUUGGUCCCUUCUACCUCUAUGAUUCCAGUUUUCAUUAUGGGACUAAACUAUGCUAGUGCUUCCAUAAACAAAACAGAAAAACCCAUUGCUUCAGACCUGGAUAUCCUUAAAUUCCAUUUGGGGAGGACCCAUGGCUCUGCGGUGGAGCACAUGCUUCUCAUGAAGAAGAUCUCAUCUCUAAUCUCAGGCAUGUCCAGUUUUUUAAAAGGAUGAAAGACAAUGGGAGGGACAUUUAUCAGAGUAGACAGUGAGCCACAUGGAUAGCUUGAUCUGGCGAAAGGCAGAUUCCUAUGUAAAAAGUUCCAUUAAAACCAAGGAGACACAAACUUCUUAUAUGAGAGGGUUAUACACCUUCUGAUUCUAUGGAGCUGUGCCUGGCACAUUCCCAUCAAAGUGUCGCAGGGCAACGUGGAAGCUCCAUCCAGCAAUGAGACAGAUGUUUGGUGAAAGGGUCGUGCUUUUUUAACAAGAAAAAGCAAAACUGGGGAACAUGUGGCGAAGAAAUGCAUAGGUAGGCAAGUGCUUAGGAAAUAUGACCUUCCGUAUGUAUAUUAACAACACUUCUCUUGCUCAAAAUGCAAUCUCAGAAGGCUGCUUAUGAUUGCCAAGAUUUUCUUUGCCAAUUUUAAGUCUCUGUUUGCUCGUUGAGGGGGCACAGGUCCAGGAUAUUGCUAGUGACUCACUGCCAAGACUGUCAGCACAAUUCAGGGUUGCUGGAGGUUCCCAUGUCCGCUGUCUUCUUACAUUUCCAUCCAUCCCGGACUAAAUCAACAGCAGUAACAACAACAGAAAUCUACAAAUUCAUUAAGUCUUAAGUUAUUGAAUAAAUGAAAUGUUUCACAGAUGACAGGCUAGGCUCUCAUCUUUAACAGAAAUGCACCACAAGCUCUCCCCAUGUAUGCAGUAAGAUUCUGUGGGCACAUCAUGCAAACUAAUAAUUAAAACUGGAUUUGAUUUGGCUGGUGUGUGCAUGCUUGUGCAUGGCCAGGCUUCACUCUAUAUUUAAGAAGCUUUAGGAGUCCUGCAUGUACUUGCUUAAGAGUUUCUCUUCUUCUCAUUUUUACAAAGCUUUGAUGAAGAGGACUUUGUGGGAUCAGCUUGUUUCAUAAGCACAGCCUAGACUGGAAACUGAGUUCGGAAAUUAAAAAUAAAAGUGGCUUUUUGGAAAGUAAAGCAUCUGCCAAACCUGGACCACAAACUUUCCAAGGAAAAUGAUUUUCUUUCUGGUGAGGAAGGCAAACUGAGAAAAUCCUGAAAAAUGAACUGUGGGUGCAACAAAACAAAACAAAACCACAAAACCCAAACCACCUGAAAUGAAAUUCAUCGAUGACAAAAGACAACUGACUUGUAUGCUUUACAUUUCAAAUAAAAAUGUGAAUGGAAAGCAAAAUAUAGAUAAAAUUGGUGAAUGUGAGUUACAACCUUUGCUAUGAGGUUAUUGGGUAUUCUAUAUAUAAAAAAAACCCUGCAAGGCGCCAUGAUUUUUGGACAAUUGAUUAAAACCAUGAUAAAGAACACCCUGAACUGCUACUUUAAACUAACCAGAUUUGUAAGUCAGUUGAAUAACUUGGGAUCCUUAUGGCUCAAAUGUCGAAACUUGCUGCUUUUGCAAAUACAAGCUUGGGAUACCAUUCAAGGCAUACUAUCAAUAUGCAUACAUAUUUUAAUGCUGGGCUAUAAUUUUUAGAUAACAGAUUUGAGUAUCCAACUUAACUGUCAGUCUCAGCUCAGCACCAAACCAUUCUUAUUUUCUUACAUCGAUAUCCUUUUCGCUUCUCAUGGAACCUUUCCUCCCACUGCACAAAUUGGGGGGGGGGGGUUCUGAUGGGGGGGCACAGGCUUAUCCCUCCCCUCUCCUGCCAUGCCAUAAUUGCAGUCCAACUUGGGGUCCAACCAUGUCAGCUUCUUCUUUGGCCCUUAAUUUUAUGAAAUCAGUCAGCCUCCUCCAGGGAAAGUGAGCUCAGAGGAUCAGUCUUAUUAUGUGGUACUUCAAAGAAGGCCUGUAUUUAGGUUUACAGGUUUGAAUGCAGUAUUUGUCUUGGUCCCAUUGCAUGGGCUGGAUGCAUCUUCUGAUGUGGGUGGAAAUGUAAACUCCACAUCCUUGCCUGCUGGAUUAAUUGCCCAGUAGAUGUGUUUCACCAGAUAUGUAGGAUGGAACACUCCUAAUUAGCGGAUAGGAGCAUUAUAAUCUUCUGUUCCAGUAAGUAGUAGGCAAACUCUAAAACAAACAGCAGUGUUGGGUCCUAUAUUCAAGGAACGCCUAGAAAAAGAAAGUUGGUUUAGCUUAUGAGAUACAGAAUCCACUAUUAAAGGAAACUAAACUACAGAUAUAAAAGUUUACUUUGGGGGAAUCAAUUCAGACAAAAUACAUGUGGAAUGGUUUCAUUUUUAAAACUGAACGAUAACCAAAACUCUUUUUAUCAUAUAGGUGGACGGAAGAUGCGCAGUGAAUCGGCGAGAAAUGGAAUACCUUUUUGACGCUGAUUGAAGGAAGUUCCCGUGCCAGCUUGCUGACCCAAGGGGGAGAUUGAUGCAGAAUCUCCCCCUAAAAUGUUCUGAAAAUGUGAGAAUGGGACUGUCGGCGAGGUCGAGGCGCGCUGCGGGGAGAUGGAGAUGGCGCAGCCGGCGCAGCUAGCGUCCCCGAGGAAAUCCGCCGGCGGCGAGCAAGGGGCGGCGAGGAGCAGCCCGCCGUCCGCCCCGAUGGAGCGGCGCGCUGCGGCAGACGGCGAGGACGGCAUCCUCAGCAGCGGCGGGCCCAGCGCGGAGUCGCCCGCGCCCUGCGGCUUCAGCUCCUCGCUGUGCUUCAGCUCUCCCGGAGACAAAGCCCCGGCGCCCGAGCGCGACGCAGCCUCCUCGCCGUCGUCAGGCAGCAGCGGAGGCAGCCGCGUGGUGCAAAGCCAGUGGGAGAUCAACAACGCGGCGUCUGAGUCGGAGGAGGACGAGGAAGGCAGCGGAGGUGGAGGGGAAGGCAGCAGCGGCAGCAGUCAGCCUUCAUCGUCGUCGCCGUCGCAGCAGCAGCCGUCUUCUCCGGCUGCCGCGCAGGCCAUCGGCGAAGCGCUCCCGCAGGACCCGUGCGCCUCUCCGCCGGGGGGGACGCAGCCCGAGGAAGAGCCGGACCUGGUGAUCGAGGUGUCGGGCCGUCGAAUCCGCGCGCACAAGGCGGUGCUGGCGGCCAAGAGCGACUACUUCCGCGCGCGCUCGUCGAGGGACAUCCUACGCGUCAAGGGCGUGAGCUACGCGGCGCUGCGCCUGCUGCUCGACUACGUGUACACGGCGCGCAUGGGCGACGUGCGCCACGACAACCUGGCCGAGGUGGUGAGCGGCGCGCGGGUGCUGCAGAUGCCGUGCGCCCUGCACUGCGCCGCCGAGGCCAUGAGGGCGCAGCUGCGCCUCGACAACUGCCUGCAGCUGCUGGCCCUGGCCAAGAAGCAGCGGCUGGCCGAGCUGCGCGAAGCCGCCUACCGCUUCAUGAGCGACCACUACCUGCAGGUGUUGCGCGAGCCCGCCGUCUAUGGUCGCCUCAGCGGCGCUGAGAGGGACCUGAUCCUGCAGCGCCGCCUCGACGCCGGCAAGCCGUGCCUGCUGGUGGCCGAGGUGAGCGACGCCUUCGAGAGGCUCAACGCCGGGAGCAGGCCACAGAGCCGAGAGAGCAGCAGGCCGCAGAGCCCUUCUUCCGUGGUGUCCCUGGACGAGGGAGGCUACCUGCUCUACAGCUACCAAGAGGUGGCCAAGGAGUGGAGGGUGCUGACCCGGCUGCCGGACGAGGCCAACGCCAAGGGGUGCGCCAUGUGCGUGCUCUACAACUACCUCUUCCUGGCCGGGGGCAUCUCCACGGUGCCGGGGGACCCUCGCGCCAGACUCUCUGACAAGGUCUUUUGCUACAACCCCUUGACGGACACCUGGAGCCAGGUGAAGCCCAUGGGGCAACCUCGCUCGCAGCUGAAGCUACUGGCCCUCGAUGGCUAUCUCUAUGCGGUGGGCGGUGAGUGUCUAUUCACAGUGGAAAAAUAUGACCCCCGGGCGGAUCGGUGGAGCCCGGUGGCUUCUCUGCCGAAAGGGGCUUUUGCUGUGGCUCACGAAGCCACCACCUGCAACGGGGAGAUCUACGUGUCGGGCGGGUCACUCUUCUACCGCCUGCUCAAGUAUGACCCCAAGCGGGACGAGUGGCAGGAGUGCCCGUACAACAGCAGCCGGCGACGCUCCGCUGACAUGGUGUCCUACAAGAGCUUCAUCUACCGCUUUGACGUGAGCAGCAGCCGUGGGGAGCCGGGGCAGGCCGGUGGGGUGGAGGUCUUCCGGUACAAUUCGGUGGCCAAGCACUGGAGUCAGUGCGCUUCCUUGAGCCCCGGCGGCAGCAUGGUGCAGCCAUUCCGCUGUGCCGCCUUGGGCAGCACCAUCUACUGUGUCAACCGGACUGGAAUGCUGUGCUUUGCCCUGUCCCAGAAUGGCGAGGUGGAAGCAGAUGGUGGACUCAAGGGGAGCUUUGAGCCAGAACUUCUCAAAGCCCCAUUUGAUACUAAAGGGGUCCUUCUCCCGUUUGUACUCACCCUGCCGGAGAAAGAGAAAACGGGGGAGCCGGAAAGUCCACUGACAUUAUGAGAAUUGACCUAGCUCUGGGAAGGCCGGCUGGAGUUUAUCUCAUCUCAGUGCUCUGCUCUGAUGAAUAUCGGCAGGACUAGGCCUCUGUCAGGCGAAGGGUCAGAGCAGGUGCAUGGUCUCCAGCCUUCAUUGGUGGUGGUAGGGAUUGGGGCUGCAAGUAUAACUAGUGGAGGCUAAUCCAAGGCGAAAAGUGUGUAACAGCUUCUUUGCACCGAAACAAAUAAACAAAGAAAAACAGAAGGCCACUGUCAGAAGUGUACAAAAUUAACACGUGCAUGGACCACUAUGUAGAAUGGUGAUGGUGUCCCACCUAAAGCAGUGGCUAGCUGGCUGUAGCCUCUCAGAGCUCGCUAGCAUAAUUCACAUAGGAAACGGCUCACCUCUUUGCACAGAUGCAAAGCAGUCAUUGCAAAGCUGCUAAAAUAGAUGAAUUGUUGUGCAAUGCCCAUGCCACUUUCCAGUCUUAAAGUAUUUUGGAUAUAUAUAUAUAAAUUCAGGAAAGCAGCAACUUUCAAAGGAAUUUCAGCUAUGAAAUGGUUCUUUUUGUAAAUAUGCAUCUUUGGAAAAGGGGAUUCCCCCUUUUUUUCUUUUUUUGCCUCCCUGACCUCUUGGCUUUCUUUUCUUGGAUGCUCGUAGUAAUUACCAGAAGAAAAGCUGCUAGCAGUCCCCAUUCAGAGAGUAUACCUUUUAGGAAGAUUAACAGGGGAAAGAAACAAUGCUUCUUGUGUUAGAAGCAGUGGACUAUAGAGCCAGGUCACAGUAUCCUCCCUCCUUUCCCCCCUUUUAACAUUUAAUGGAGUCUUUAUUGAAGACAUGGCAUUGUACAGCCUUGGGAAGUUGCAUCCACAGUGUGUGAUUUAACAGAAGCCAGAUUUCAAGUUUUUUAAAAAAGUUAAAUGUCUCCCAUAUGUACAUAGUGGGAAUAGAAAACCUCCUAUAUGUACAUUUUGGGUUUAGAGGUUAACUAAAACAAACAAAUCAAUGCAUCAAUUCAAAUUUGAAUUUUGCUUCUUCUUUUUUGUAAAGUUGUGCAUUAUGUCACAUUAUAAGUAUCAGUUUUGGUUUUAACAUAACUGCUGGCUUUCAAUCAUGGUUUUGUAUUGUAACUCAUUCAUUCAAAUCAUGGCAAAUUGGCAUGAAUGAACAUACCUGUGAAUUCUUUGUAGGGGAGAUUUCAGUUCAUUUAAGAUCACUGCUGUUAACUGCAAAUCAAGUCACUGAAAAGCCAAAUGUGGUUUACUUGAAGCUUCUUGCACACAAUUGAAAUAUUUCGCUUUGAUGUCGGGAAUCCUUCUGCAAGAAAUAGCUCUCCCAUUGUUCGCAUAAGGAAACGAGACGUUUGCUUAGACAAGGUGAUUUCCAUUUUGCCCAGGCAGCUCCCUAAGGUUGUAAACGAGACUGAUUUAUUGUAGUUAAUAAUUCACCUGUCAAGUUCAUUUUGUACAUAGAGGCCAUAUACUUUUGGUUUGUUGGUUUUCAUUCUAAAUCUUAUGCUGAGCAAUUGCUUGCCAGGCAACAUGUUUUCAGAAGAAUACCAGCCUUCGUGCUUGCAGGCAAUCCCAGCAUAAUGGCUUCCAUGUUAUAUGGAUUGGCAUCAAAACAAUUAUUUUCAGUCAAUUUAAAAUUUGACUAAGCUUUCUAAGCUUGCCUAAAAAACCCCCUUGGGCUUACUCAAGAGGCUUACACUAGCCCAGUGAAUGUUUUCCUUCUGUCCUUUGAAGAGCUAACCACUACUGUUGAAAGCCCCUUCAAUUUCAAACACAGUUUGCCCUGAUACACGUGGAAGGGGGAGAGGUUGCUCCUGGAGGAAAGCAAACCCCAAGCAUCUUGGAGAACUAUUUUCUUGGCUUUUUGGAUCCUAGCCAUUGAGUUUUAUGGAGCAUAUUCCAGCACAUGUUCAUGCCAAAUAGAUGAAGCUUAUGCAUGCUUAUGUGGAAAUAAAUCCCAAUGGAAAUUCACCCCAAAUUAAAAGUGGAUCACUUACUUUUGCAAUCUAUCUGAUUUUUAUCCCAUUCUUUCUUCAUGAAGCACCCCACCCUUUUCAUCUUCCAACAACACCGAGAUAGGUUACGCCAGUGGUUUUCAACUAUUGUGCCGUGGCACCCUGGGGUGCCUUGAAUGAUGGUCAGGGGUGCUGCGGGCAACACUGGUCUCUGUCCCUCUUUCCUUCCCUCCCUCCUCUGAUGCCCUCUCAUGUCUCUGCCUCCCAAAGGCUUGCACAGCUGUUUAUUGCAGCAGCCCUGGCUGCAUGCUCCCCAGGUGAGUGGUGCCUCGGGGGCUGGCCAGGGGAGAGGAGAGGAGGGUGUUCAAAAAGAGGUGAGGGGCUGCCGGCUCUGCAGGCAAGGGGUGACAUAACUGGGCUUCCGAGGCUUGGAGCCUUCAAGGGACCCACAGAAAGAAUGUACUUGGUCAAGGGAGCUGUAGACUCAGAAAGGUUGAAAACCUCUGAGUUGGACAAUGGCUGAUCCAAUAGCAUUCAGUAACACUAUUUGUAGCUACCCGGGUUUUCUGCUCAAAUCUCCACCCUGCAGAUGCCACAAUUGCUCUCAGAUGCUCUGAAAUGCAUUUUGUCUUUCAUCUUCUAAGUUACGCCUUCCAACCAUGAAAUACUUAAAAGGUGCAUUUAUUUUAUAAACGCAUGCAGAUUAAUUUACUGCACUGAUGUGUUUCAUAUUAGCUCGGAGAAGCAUACAAACAGAUCCUGUAUUAUGGUGUACUUUGACUUCAGGCAGCACAGCCACCCAUAGAAGUUUCCAAUGGACUCAGUGGGGCUCUGUUUCCCCACCUUCCACUCCCCUUAAAUGUUCGCACAACAAGUGGGCAUUACAGUUUACAGCACACAUCCCAUGUUUCCCCUCUGCCCAAUUCAAGUAAGUUGUGCAUACAAGCAGCUUGUAUGGUGGGUGCAGGAGGGAUGGAUGAGGAAUUGGGAGGUUUGCACAGACAUUUCAUUCCUGCUAAUGCCCUCUCAUGUUGUCAGAAGGAGGAUGUGUGUGAAACAGGAGGGCUCCGUUGGAAUCUUCACCAUGUGGUUAAUAUUUUUUUAAAAAAGGAUUAUCGUUCAGCAAAUAUUUGACCUUCAUCCCAGGAACAGCUGCUUAAAGCAAGCAACAACUUUACUUCAGAAAAGGGCCAUAGAGUCUGUUAAAAUGCGUGAUUGUUCCUUGCAAAAUGUUAACAUUGAAAUUUACUGUUUCCAACGAAAGCAGGAGAUCCUAUAAUAAAAAGCAUCAUUUAAGUGGUGUGAAAUAUCGCACUAAAAAAAAAAAUCACCAUGCACUUAAAAAUUGUUGUCAUGGUUGUGAAAUGUUUAGAUAUAUGGGUUUUUCUUUAAAGUUGGUAGGAACUGCAGGAUUGGUGUCUCUUAAAACUGGUGAAGAUUUUUAUUUUUUUCAAAACUGCACUUAUUUCUAAUCUGGAAAUACCUUGAUUUGAUCCUAUACUUUUGGGAGCAAGCCAUGGAAGGACUGAGCAGUUAAGUUUGCUGCUAUUUGCUGAUCAGAUUGCACAUUUCCUCUUUGCCCCCAAAGUCCCCAUGGCACCUCUCCCUCCCCCCCACUUAUUAAUUAAAAAGAAAAGUGAGAGUAAAUAUAAAAUGGUCUUAGGAACUGUUUUGAUGAAAGGGACAAAUUAUUGGCUAGGUAUAAGAAUAAUAGUUUGCAUCUUUCUGCCUUGGGAGACAAGGGAGGUAUGUUUUUGGGGAUGAGGUCAAACGGCUGGCAGCUUGCAGCGCUUGCUGUGGUUGUAGAAACUGAUGUGGGAGAGACAUGUUUUGUUGCAGCUGUGGCAGAUGAAGGCGUCCAGUUGUGCUGCUGCAGAUGCACCCCAUGGCGUUUAUUCUUUCUGCACUCAUCCCGGCAGUCAUUCCUCCUCUGGUCACUGCUGUGGAUGAUAUUUGGGGACUAUUCAGUCCAGUUCAGGAGUCCCUUAUCACCUAACCCAAUUUCCCUUACAUGGUCUUCUUGUGCUCUGAAUCGUUGCACUCUGUGGGGCAGAGGGGGGGGUGGACUACCUUGUGUAGAGGACUGGCUGGAUUGUCCCCACCCCCAAAUGUUUUCCAGUGUCAAGCAUGAGAUCCAAAGAUUGAUUGAAUCUGCAUAGUUCUGUCCUUGGGUGUAGGCUUUUGGAGGGGCCAGAAAUAGCUAGUAUGGGGGAAGGGAUCCAGACUGGGACCCUACUGUGGGAGGUAAGGUGUAUUUAACCUUCCAUCCUUUGCUGCAGUUAGGAUUUGGACCAGACCCUCCACACUGCUCAAAGGAAACGGGGUGCGGGAAAGCUCUGAACCUAAAAGGCAGAACUACCCUGUUGAGGUCAUGUGUAGUCUAUUGUUAACAGUCAGCCACAGCCUGUUGCACACUUCAGUGGAACAAAUGAUGAAAUGUGAUUUCCGGAACAUCACCCAGCCUCAUGCAGCGUUGUUAUGGAGGUUUAGUAAAGAAUUAAGCUUUAGUAAAGAAUUCCAUUUCUGUCUGUCCUUCAGGGCAGUUUCUUUUAAUGGGGCGGCUGGAUGAAAAUCAGGAAGUCGGUGCAAUCAUUUCAUCUGCAGAAUUCUUUUCUCUUCAGCAUUUCACAACACGGCUCCUUUCCUGCCAUGUAGUAUAUUUCCUGUAUGUCUUCACAAAGCAUUUGUGCAUAGCUCCCACACACACACACACAGAGACAAAAAUAGGAAAGAAAAAAGCAUUAUUAAGCAUCUUGGAUGAAAACGUUUACGAGCGGAGUUUCCAUUUCCACAAUUUCAUGGAGUUCCAAAACAUAUGUAAGGCUCUAAUCCUGCAACGGGGGCAAAACUGCAGCCUCCUUGAAUUCAAAGCUAAGUGUAUGAGUGAGUGUUUUCAGGGCCGUAAUCUGGACUUAAUUACUAGCCAUUUAAUGCAGUUUCCUUUAUGUGAUGCCUGCAUAAUCAUACCCAGAUGAUUGACUUUGCUGGCAACAUGUGGGACACUUCUAAACUGAUUUCCUGCUUGGUCAUUUUCUCAUACACAGACCCCCAACUAGUCCUGCGGUGCUUUUAAUUUCAACACUAUGUUGGUUAAAUGGAUAUAUUGUCAGGUUUUCUGUCGCACAUUAGCAGUAACUGGGAGUCUGACUGAACAAUUACACUAAACCCAUUUAUAGCCUCGGCACUGUUGUAUACAAAUCCUGUUUACUCCGUGAAGACUUUCACAGGAAUAGCUGGGAAAGGAAGGACCCAAUAUUUGAACUAGAAAAGCUCUCAUUAAAUAAAAUGGAAAUGAUGCUAAUCGUACCUGUUUAAUGAAUAAAAGUCCUGUGCAGUCCCUAAUGAGCAUUUUAUGCACAAUGAGCUCCCUGAUACAAUUUCAACUGUUUUUUAACAAAUACUCUCCUUAUUCCCCAAGGAAAGCGUGUCUCUCUUGUGCUUUUGGUUAGCAGCAGAGGAAUUGCUUUCAGUACCAAUGGGUCUUCAGCUAAUGAGUGGCUUAUUUUCAAUAUCUUCCCUUCUGUCCUCCCUGUCCAUUUGAUACAGCUACAAAAGCACGCUAGAGAACUGUGUCACACUCACAGGACACUUAGUGCAAAGUCAUAUGAAAGAGAAGUUGUGUUACAGCUGUGCCACAGGUCCGUGUACUGACACAAACGUUAAGAAAUGGGUUGAAAAUGAAGGUGCUCUUUGCAUGUUACAGCAAUGCCUGGCUUGAUGUGAGUGGAUCACCGAUACAUUUGUCAGACUUAUUAUUAUUAUUAUUAU